CCGAUGUGACUGAGCCCAGCAGACCCUGAGCAAGGAGCAGGUCCAUCGCGGAGCCAGAAGGCAGGAGGAAAAUGACAUCAUGGAAAUGGUUUCACCCAAAUAUCACUGGUGUGGAGGCAGAAAACCUACUGUUGACAAGAGGAGUUGACGGCAGUUUUUUGGCAAGGCCUAGUAAAAGUAACCCUGGAGCCUUCACGCUUUCUGUUAGAAGAAAUGGAGCUAUCACCCACACCAAGAUUCAGAACACUGGUGAUUGCUAUGACCUGUAUGGAGGGGAGAAGUUUGCCACUUUGGCUGAGUUGGUCCAGUAUUACAUGGAACAUCAUGGGCAAUUAAAAGAGAAGAAUGGAGAUGUUACUGAGCUUAAAUAUCCUCUGAACUGUGCAGAUUCUACCUCUGAAAGGUGGUUUCAGGGACACCUCUCUGGGAAAGAAGCAGAGAAAUUAUUAACUGAAAAAGGAAAGCAUGGUAGCUUUCUUGUACGAGAGAGCCAGAGCCACCCUGGAGAUUUUGUUCUCUCUGUGUGCACCGGUGAUGACAAAGGGGAGAGCAAUGACGGCAAGUCUAAAGUGACUCAUGUCAUGAUUUGCUGUCAGGAACUGAAAUACGAUGUUGGUGGAGGAGAACGGUUUGAUGCUUUGACAGAUCUUGUGGAACGUUAGAAGAAGAAUCCUAUGGUGGAAACAUUGGGUACAGUACUACAACUCAAGCAGCCCCUUAACACGACUUGUACAAAUGCUGCUGAAAUAGAAAGCAGAGUUCGAGAACUAAGCAAAUUAGCUGAGACCACAGAUAAAAUCAAAUAAGGCUUUUGGGAAGAAUUUGAGACACUGCAACAACAGGAGUGCAAACUUCUCUACAGCCAAAAAAAGGGUCGAAGGCAAGAAAACAAAAACAAAAAUAGUUAUAAAAACAUCCUGCCCUUUGAUCAUAGGGUUGUCCUACACAACGGUGAUCCCAGUGAGACUGUUUCAGAUUACAUCAAUGCAAAUAUCAUCGUGCCUGAAUUUGAAACCAAGUGCAACAAUUCGAAGCCCAAAAAGAGUUACAUUGCCACACAAGGCUGCCUGCAAAACACCGCGAACGACUUUUGGUGGAUAGUGUUCCAAGAAAACUCCCAGGUGAUUGUCAUGACAAUGAAAGAAGUGGAGAGAGGAAAGAGUAAAUGUGUCAAAUACUGGCCUGAUGAGUAUGCUGUAAAAGAAUAUGGCAUCAUGCAUGUUAGGAACGUCAAAGAAAGUGCCACUCAUGACUAUAAGCUAAGAGAACUUAAACUUUCAAAGAUUGGAAAAGGGAAUAUGGAGAGAAUGGUCUGGCAAUACCACUUUUGGACCUGGCUGUACCACGGAGUGCCCUGCGACUCCAAGGGUAUGCUGCACUUCCUGGACGAAGUGCACCGUAAGCAGGAUAGCAUCAUGGAUGCAGGGCUGGUUGUGGUGCACUGCAGUGCUGGCAUUGGCCAGACAGGGACGUUCAUUGUGAUUGAUAUUCUUAUUGACAUCAUCAGAGAGAAAGGUGUUGACUGCGAAAUUGAUGUUCCCAAAACCAUCCAGAUGGUGCAGUCUCAGAGGUCAGAGAUGGUCCAGACAGAAGCACAGUACCGAUUUAUCUAUAUGGCGGUCCAGCAUCAUAUUGAAACACUACAGCGCAGGAUUGAGGAAGAGCAGAAAAGCAAGAGGAAAGGGCACGAAUGUACAAAUAUUAAGUAUUCUCUAGUGGACCAGACGAGUGGAGAUCAGAGCCCCCUCCUGCCUUAUACUCCAAUGCCACCCUGUGCAGAAAUGAGAGAAGAGAGUGCUAGAGUCUAUGAAAAUGUGGGCCUGAUGCAACAGCAGAAACAUUUAAGAUGAGAAAACCUGCCAAAACUUCAGCACAGAAAUAGAUGUGGACUUUCACCCUCUCCCUAAAAAGAUCAAGAGCAGACGCAGUAAAGUUUAUGUGAAGACAGAAUUUGGAUUUGGAAGGCUUGCAUUGUGGUUGACUACCUUUUGGUAAGCAAAAUUUGAAAUCAUUUAAAAACCACUGUAUUUUAACUCAACAAUAUCUGC